CUGGCCCCGGCCGAGCGAGCCCGGCGCAUCGCCUACCUGCCGCAAUCCCGUCCGCUGGCGUGGCCGGUGCGGGUGCGCGACGUGGUGGCCCUUGGACGGUUCGCCCACGGCGCCUCGUCCGGACGGCUGCGCGGCCAAGACGCCGCCGCGGUGGAACGCGCGCUUUCCGCCUGUGACCUCCACACCCUCGCCGACCGCCCGUGCGACACGCUCUCGGGCGGAGAACUGUCCCGUACCCACAUGGCUCGGGCCAUGGCCGCGGAAGCGCCGAUCCUGCUAGCCGACGAGCCCACCGAAGCCCUCGAUCCGCUCCACCAGCACCAGGUCCUGAGCCUGAUCCGGACCUACGCCGACGCCGGCAACGGCGCGCUGGUGGUGCUGCACGAGGCCGCCCUGGCCGCGCGCUUCGCCGACCGGCUGGCCUGGAUCCGCGAGGGACGCAUCGUCGCCGACGGGCCGCCCGGGGAAACGCUGACGCCGGAACGCAUGGCCGAUGUAUAUGGCGUGCAGGCCGCGGUACGGCGCAUCGAGGACGAUUGGGUCGUGGCCGUCUCCGGGCCGGCCUAG